CGGGUAAGUCUAUAGCGAUAUCCACAUUCUUUUGCAGAGCCACAGUAGCACAAAUGCAGUACUUUUGGAUAGCCGGUGCACAUAACACGGCCACCACAAAUCUUAAACGAGUGUUAUCUCGAAUUGAAGUAAUAUUCGAGCUUUUGGCGUGAAAGAGGAAAUGGACAUGCUGUUCACAGCCCAACAUGUAGAGUAUUUUAGCACUGAUAACUAUGGCUAAUUGAUAAGGUUCAACGAGCAGCUUUUCAAACCGGCAGAGUUUAGGCUGGUUUUGGACCUCUAGAUGAAUGCAGGAAGAGCAUUUUGCUUUACGAGAAAAAAGCAUUACAAGUGAAGUGUCUUGAAGUGAUCCUGUACCUAUUUAAAUUCUCAAUUAAUGAUAAUGGAAUUUAACAAUGGAUCAGGAUCUUCUAAACCGGUCCGCACGAUUGGCUCUUGUCAGCAGGACAACGCGUACACCCAAGUACAUACAAGGCUAGGCGAGUUUGCUGAAUACUUCGUUGGAAUGAUGGAAGACAAACUAGGUGCCUAUUCCAUGCUCGUCCAAGGAGAAGUAACAAAACAUGGUAAAUGGUCAGAUACAUUAUCAGAACAAAUUGGGCAAGGUGUUGGCAAAGUCGCUGGUGGACUUUUAGGUUUACUAAUUGGUUCGCUGGCGUCAGGGGCAAACAUCGGUGGACAGGUAGGAAAAGCAGGAGGAAAGAAAUUGGGAGGUAAACUAGGCGAAAAAUAUCACCAGAAAAAAGUUAAUAAUCUAUUGGAUCUUAUUGAGUUUUUCAAGAAACAUCCGGCUGAAUUAAGGAAGGAAUUAGUAGAAGCAGGGUUUGAUAUUUUUCAAAGUUUCGAAAUGCAAUUCAUGAGAGUCACUACCGAGCUAGGACCGAGUAAAGCAGUUCAGCUAUUGGCAAAGGAUGCCGUAAAUAGGGCGAUUGAUCACAUGGCGAACAGAAAGGGCGCUUCGCUAGUGGAAGGUGUUCUUUUAGGUAGUUCUAAAAGAGAAGACGUAUGCAGUAUAACCUCUGGAUUUCAAAUCAAAUAUGAACAUUACCUAAAUAGCAGGAUUUGGAAUACUGCAAAUCUCUACGAUAAAGUCGGUUUGUUAGUAACACAAAAUGGUAAAACUAUUUUCUACAAGAAAACAUCUGAAGGUGAUACGGGUAAAUAUGGCUACCGUCGCCUUCUUAUGAACGAAUGCUUUAACAAUCUAAAAUAUAAAUAUGAGAGGGACAAUAUAGCAGAAAGUAAAAGUGUCCAAUUCACGGGCUACAAUUAUAUUUUAGAAAGAGAAGAUUUCUUGAAAGCAGUGGCAAAGAUACUCGGAGAAAUUAAUCGAAAGAAUAAGGAUCCUGAGAUGAGAAAGGAAGAAAUAAUAAACGUAAUAGAAGAGGUUAAGAAGGAUUUGUUGGAGAACGUAAGUGAUUUGAAAAAAAUAUGCCGGGGAUUAGCAGAAGACCGCACGAUAUUGGAGGGAAUAGAGAUAGAUCUCAAAAGUUUGAGAAUUGAAGAGUGCUUUAAAGAGUUUCAAAAACAUUUUGAAACAGUAAAACGAGAACAUCAAGUAAUUUUACAAAAUUUGAAGGAAGGCUUUCAUGGUGCUAGUGAAGAACGUGCAAAUAUAGCAGAAGCGAAUGAAAAAGGACAUGCAAUUACACAUGCUGGUAUGGAGAAAUUGGAAAGUAAGAUAGCAAAGGUUGAAGAAAUUGUAAAACAGAAAAUAGUUUACAAUAGGCAAUCCAUUUGGUUUGAUGCAAAGCAACCAGUAGAACUGUUUACCGGUAGAAAAGAAGAGUUGUUGGAGUUACAUAAAAGGUUGACGGAGAAUGCAGCUAACGAUAGGGUAACUGUAAUAACACAAAUGACUUCCAUUAGUGGCUUGGGAGGAAUAGGAAAAACUGAGCUAGCCAGAAAAUAUAUCCAUCGGUAUAGUAACUAUUAUGACGGCAACAUCGUAUGGAUUAAUGCUGAAAAUGAGGCAUCCCUUAUUGACUCUUUUCGUAGAUUAGCUCAGGACAAGUUGGAAAUUAGCUUGAAAAAUGUAGACAAGGAAGAUAGAAAUAUAGCGGUCAUUGUAGACAUGGUAUAUCUUCGAUUCGCUAGUGGAAAAAGUCUCUUUAUUUUCGACAAUGCAGAGAAAAAUGAUUAUUUCAUUCGAUUUUUACCGCGUAGAGCACGUUGUCCUCAGGAUAAAAUGCCUUAUAUUUUGGUCACUUCUCGCAUUCGAGAAUGGGAAAGAGGAAUUGAGGUUCUGGAACUAAGUGAUCUAAAGAUAAAAGAUGCCAUCGAUUUCGUCAAAAAAGGAUUGCGUAUACCUGCACAUGACGAAUCUCAAGAUGAAGAAAUACAAAAAUUAGUAGAAACAUUGCAACUGUUUCCUUUAGCGAUACAGCAAGCAAUAGCAUACAUUGAAGAUCAACGAGUAAUGGAGGAGGAAUUUAGCAUUGGAAACUACCUUGAAAAGUAUAGACAGAAGCAAAUGGAUCUACUGAACUGUGAUUUAUUCGUUGGAAUUGACAACGACUAUGCCAAAACAACUGCCACAACUUGGAAUAUUACAAUCGACACUAUCUGUGAUAAGCAGUAUGGAAAAUUAGCCAUUAAAAUUUUGGAUAUCAUUGCCUAUCUAUCGCCAGAAAACAUAGGUAGAGACAUGUUCUUAAGUUUAGCAGACGGUGAUGGAGAUAUUCUAAAAUCGUCUGUACGUUUACUUGUAAAAUAUUCCAUGAUAAACGGUCAAAAGAAGCAGACCCUAUUAAGUAUUCACAGAUUAGUACAAGAUGUGAUCAGAUUGAAAUUGAAGUCUCUCGAGAAAGAGGAAGAAACAUUACGAGCGGCUAUGAAUUUACUCAAGAAUGCAAGUGCCGAUCAUAUAGUUAUUGUUUGGAAUUAUGCAAGCAAAUAUCCCAAACUAAUCAAAGAUUUUGACCAGGAGCUCACCAAUACCUACGGCUAUCGUACUGCUACUGUUAUUCACAUGUUAGCCGAAAAUGGCAGUCACGAGGCAAUUGAACAGAUACUGAUACAUGCAUCCAAUGCCGAAGAAUGUAUCGAUGCCGUAGACAAAUAUAAAAGGACUCCACUCUACAUUGCUGCUGAGAAUGGCUAUGUGGAUGUGGUAGAACUUCUCGCCAGCAGGGGAGCGAAGCUGGAUUUCAAGUCUACAAUUGUGUACGCUUCAUUAAGUGGUAGAAUGUCUACAGGCUGGACAGGUUUUGGUUUUGCUAGCAAUUAUGGCUAUACAAAUGACCUCGUACACCUCCCUGAUGAAGGGGCCAAAAUUGAUCUAAGCUCAACUUUUAUUUUCGGUGCAUUAGAAACGAAAAUGGCUACAGGUUGGACUCCAUUGCAUAUUGCUUCUUUUAAUGGCCAUUUAAAUGUAGUGGAGGUUCUCGACAGUAAAAGCAAUGAACUUCGGAACAUCCGAGACAAUCUUGGCAAUACGCCGUUGGGUCUAGCCGUUAAUGCUGGUCACAUACAAGUCGUUCGUUAUUUCAGUCCCAACGAUGAUGCCAGCUUGUUACAAAUUGUGGUUCAAAUGGAUGGCGUGAAUACCGUUAAACGUUUAGUAGAAAAAAAUGUUGAUAUAUUAAAGGCGAAGCUAGGAUCUGAGACCGCUUUACAUUUAGCUGUGUAUGCUGGAAAGCUGGAGACCGUCGAAUAUCUUGUAAAUAAAAUGAAAGAGCUUCGGUAUGAAUUGAGAGACGGCAUUGAUCACCCUGGAACUGAUGGUUGCACACCAAUGUCAGCUGCUGCAACAAUCGGCCAUUUGAAAAUAGUGCAACUUCUAUUGAAUGAAGGUGCUAAUCUCUAUGCUUGUAAAAAAGAUGGCUGGUCAGCGCUACAUACUGCUGCUCAAAGUGGCCGGCUGCAAGUUGUGAAAUAUCUAAUAGAAAAACAGAAGUUUGAUAUCAAUUUCCUUGAUAUCAAGCUGGAUACUGCUUUGCAUACAGCUGCUUUUCACGGAAGGUUGAAAGUUGUUGAUUAUCUGCUAACGAAAAAAGCGGAUUUUAAUCUAAUAGAUGCAUUGGGAGCAACACCAUUGUUUUUAGCAUCUCUUCAAAAUCACCAAAGGAUUGUUGAACUUUUGCUAGAAAAAGGUGCCAAUUUGUUCGAUACUUCUGAUGAUAAAACGUUGUACGGUAAACUUAAUUUUACAAUUCUGCAUACCGCCGCAAUAUAUGAUAACGUCGAAUUGAUGAAACAUUUAAUAGAACACAAGCAAAUGGGUAAGGAUGUUGGCAAGGCAUUCAGUGUAACACCAUUACAUGUAGCUGCUAUUUUCAACAGUUCAAAAGUAAUUGCCUACCUAAUCGAUCAGGAAGCCGAUGUUGAUGCUCAUGUACAGCUUUCCAAUGUAAAAACUGUAUCAAACUAUGUUAAAGAUGCUAUCGUUUCGAACGGAUCAUUUUAUGGAAAUAUUGUACAAGUAUUAGUCAAUAUUUGCACUGUUGUUGAUGACAAUCUUAAGAUAACACCAAAUAUGAUUCACAAAAUCUGCGACUAUCCUGGUCACGAAUCACUUUGGGAGAAACAAAGAAGCUAUUUGCGCUCAUAUUUGUUUGAUCCAUGCGUAAUACAAUUUGGGAAAACAAUCUUAGGGUUAGAGAUUGUGAGUAAGCAUUUUAGGACUUUACAGGCUUAUGUAGAACGAAAGAAAAAUUAAAAAAAACAGGUCACAAAAGAUGUCUCGAAAGCACAUAGGUUCUGAUGAGAUCAUAGCGAAAUCAUAACACGGUUCGGUGCUGUGCUUUUGCCAUAUUUUCCCAAAAGUAUCGACGUAUCUGAUAAAUCGACACAACCAAAAUAAAUAAACAACAAUGGUUAUCAUCGAUUUUAUUUGAAUUUAAAUAAAAUAUGAAGAAAAACCACCCUUUAGUAACUUCGAUUUCGCUAGCUUCAGUGAAUUUUAGUUGGAGGUACUGCAGCAAGUGGCAUGUAAUGUUGCACCUUAUUGCAACGAUCACACCCUCCUUGAAAUAGGCCCCCCUCUGAGUAUCUUAACCCAGCAUUAAAAAAAUCAAAUUUGUAUUCUGUAUUCCUAGUUUUAAGAUAAGCUGUAAUUUUUACUCUUUAUUGAAACUAUUGUCCUUCAUCUUGUAAAUAGAAUUGUAUCUCUAGUUUUAUGAAAUCUGUGAAACUUCUCAUACAUAUUUGUUCCCUCUUUUGUGUACCAAACUAUAUUGUUAGCUUUAAUAUAACUGUAAAAUAUUUCGUAAAAAACUAUUACUCCCCCUCUUGUAUAUCAAACUGAAUCCCUUGUUAAAAAAAUUUUCAUGAAAAAAAUCUUUUUCAUGAAAAUUUUUCCUAUUUCUAGUCUUAAGAUAGCUCUCUUUUACAAAAAAAAUAUUUCAACAUUGUGACCUCCUAGUUUUAAGAUAUCCAAAAUGUAAAAACAAAAGAGUUUGGCACCGCCAAGCUAACGCAUUUAUACCUAUCAAAUAAACGAAAUGAAUAAAAAAACC